GACGCUCAAAUCUCGAGCCCCUCUUUCGUAACCUGGUUCAUUGGAUCACCCGCUUGGGCUCACCCAAAAAGCUCUCUCAACCGCCCACCAGCCUUAUAUACUCUCCUUCCUCAACACUUCUUCCCGAUCUGCGUUCAGGAAUAUCAACCUGUCCAGCAUCCCUAUUAACAUAUAACAUUCGUACCAACUGUCCGCGUGAAGAUGACGCACCGCUCUUCGACAGGCGAUCUGGGUCACUACGACGACGAUUCUCGACCACAACGAUGGGACCGAGAGAGGUUUGAGCGUAUUCGAAGCCGUGGUCCUGAGAGCCGAGAGUCGUUUCGUUUCGAAGAGCGCGACUCUGGGCACGGCAGACGAGGCUACGACACCGAAAUUGACAUUACGGAGCGCAAUCGUGGAGGCCGUACUCGCAUCGAGGUCAUCGACCGAGACUACGAAGACGAAAGACCUACGCGACGCCGUCCAGAGUUCCUGGAUCGCCAUGAGCCGACACCAUCAGAAGUCAACAAGACUGCGCUUGCUCCCUACCGGCGCAAGUCUAUCGUAGAACGAGAUCUCGAUCCACCAGCCCGCCGUCCCGCUCGGCCUCAGUUCGUUCGCCGACAAUCAUCCCUUGACACGUUUGAUAGACGCCCAAUUGCACGGUAUGGAGACCGAGAAAAAGAGGAAUGGCGUCCACCUACAAAUGUUCCGAUUCCUCUUCCCUUCCGCGAGCGCCGCCGCAAGCCUACAUAUGAUGAUUAUGAUGACUACGAGGAGAUCAGGUACAGAGACUAUGAGCCCGACAGUAGAGAGGAAUAUCGCGAUAUCGAGAUUCGACGCGAGAGAAGCACUCGACGGCGACGGCGGUCUGGACGCUCUAAACGAGCUCCGUCUUCAUCAAGCUCCUCUAGUGCCAGCACUCAACGUCCAAGCGUGAAGGCCUCUAGUGUCCACACUCCCAGUGUACACAGUGUCAGCGUACAUCAUGUUCAUGAGCCCAGUGUUCACGAGUCCAGUGUUCACGAGCCCAGUGUUCAUGAGCCUCCACCUCCGCCACUCCCAGGCAAAAAGGGCAGGACCAGGAUGCCAAAGCGCCUUGUGCAUAUCAACGCGCUCAUAGAAAAGGGCUAUGAAUUUGAUGACGAGGAAGAUUUCCUGGUCGUGCGACGUGCUUUGGAGAAAGAGCAGAUCGAUGAAGUGAUAAAGAUUAGCGAGGGCUACAAAGAAAGCCGCGUAACAUACCGCUACGAAGACACUGGAGAGCCAGCACCUCCACCACCCCUUGAAAUGCCUCCUCCGCCACCUCCUCCGGCAAGUGUACAUAGUCAUCAUUCUCAGCACAUCCCACCACCGCCUCCAGCACCUCCAGCUGCUUUCGCACCUCCUCCACCUCCAGCUGCUUUCGCGCCUCCUCCACCCCCAGCUUCCGUCUAUUCCCACAACGUGCGAACAGUGGAACCGUCUCAUAAUUAUCAAUUUGAGGAGCACAUCCAGGAGUCCAAUCACAUCAGUGGACCUGUGACGUCGCUAGUACCACGGCGCCCACGAACCGAAAGGGAGAUACGGGAGGAGAUACGUUCUCUCGAGGAAGAGCGACGUCUCGUACGGAUUGAUCGGGAGACAGACUACGAAAUUGUGGAGCGACCCAAGGAGAGAGAUGUUGUGCGGGUCGAAAAAGAUCGAAAGGGUAGGUUGGCGCUCGUGCGAUCGUCUCAUUGAUCAUCCACCCUCCACCCUAUUCAGAGUCGGAAGUUGAUGGGCGGCAAAUAGCGAAACAGCGACAAAAGGG